CAAAGUGUCUACUUCUGGUAAAGGUUUAAGAUUUCUUUUUUCCAUCUUCUGCAGAUUGUUUAUGUAGCCCGCAAUGCAAAGGACAACAUGGUGUCUUAUUUCCACUUUGAUCGCAUGAAUGUGGUUGAGCCAGAGGCUGGAGAAUGGAAUAACUACUUCCACAGAUUUUUGGAAGGACAAAUGGUAUUUGGCUCCUGGUAUGACCAUGUGAAUGGCUGGUGGAAGAAGAAACAGACUUACUCAAAUAUUCAUUACAUGUUCUAUGAAGAUAUGAUUGAGGACACUGAACGGGAAAUAGACAAACUCUGCAGCUUCCUCGGUUUGUCUCGUUCAGCUGAGGAGAAGAAAAUGAUCUCAGGUGGAGUCCAGUUUGAUAACAUGAAAAAGAAUGAGAUGGCCAACUAUUCUACAGCCCCGGUUAUGGAUUUCAAGAUUUCUCCCUUCAUGAGAAAAGGGAAGGUUGGCGACUGGAAGAACCACUUCACCGUCGCUCAGAAUGAAGUGUUUGAUGAAGACUACAAGAAGAAGAUGAAAGAUCCCACACUUCAGUUCCGCACUGAAAUUUGAACAGAGCCAGGCAUACAGACUGGAUAUAGUCUGAAAAAAAUUGAAGUAUGAAAUAAGCCAGAAGUGCUGAUCUGUUUAUUGAAAUAAAUAAACUUACAAAUCACAAA